CUGUUGCAAUGUUUACAAAGAGAAAGGCACGUGAUUGUAUCGGCGCGAGACAGACUGGGUAUAAAAGUGAAUCGCACGUGCCGGAUGUAAACAAAGAAGAAUAGUGUUGUCUUCUGCAAAGGAAAUUAUAUGGAUCAGUUAAAAUACCAAACAUAGGAAAUAUGCCAAGUAACAGAUCCAGUAUUUCAAGUGAUGUUUCGUCACUCACUUUGAGCCAGUCUGUAGCUAAAGGAGGAUGUUUACCUCAAACCGCGGGUGUGCACAGACUUUCUAGUGCUAGCAAAAUGGCGUCGAACCUCGGGACCGCAACUCCCGACCCUCUAACACAAAGAGCUGUGCUAGAGGGUUUGUUUGAACGACGCCUUGUGGAGGGAGAGUUUUGGUACGUAGUGGUGGCAGAAUGGCUCGAGCAACUAAAGAAAUAUCUUGGUGUCCCGAACACGAGGAAAAUGUAUCACCAGCGCGUGCAUCCAGGACCUAUCAUAUCACGUAGGGACUACGCACACACCGUGGAAAUGGUUCAUGAAGACGCUUGGAAGUUGCUCAUACAAUGGUAUGGAAUAGCGGAAGGACAUAAAUCUCUUAAACUUGUUGUUUACAACUAUUCACGUGCACCGGAAAUAGAACAUAACUUAAAUAACUGCAAAAUGAUGAUGACAAAAUCAGCCAUUGAAGACUUUCAUAAUCUAAAAUACAGUAAAAUGGAGAAAGUUGGACACAUUGAAUGGAAAUUACGUCAGUUAUAUAACAUUGCAGUUCCAACAAAAUCCCGACUUUGGGCAAAACCGGAUACAGACGGAAGUUGGCGACCGUUACUUGUUCGAGAUAAAGCGAUCGGAAAAGUUUUAAACAUAGACUCUGAUUUUAUAAGACCAUUUUUCGCUCUCGAGGUGCUGGACUCGAGUGGACAGUGGAAGAAUGAACCGGAAGGCGCUAAAGAAACACAAGAUGUUCCUAUAGGUGUGCUAUAUGAUCAUGAUAUAUUUGAAGACGUAACGAGUACAUGGGAACUAGACAUACAUGAUCAGAUUGAUCAUAUUGGCAGAGAUUUUAUCGACAGACUUCAUAUCAACUUUGGAAGUUUUGUACAGAAAGCGAAAGAUUAUGUUGAAGAGAGAGAUGCGAUUCUACGUGAACGUGAAAGAAAGGUUUCAAGUAAGGAAGCGCACCUUGAUAAUGUAAGGGAAGACCUUGAGGAUCAACGUGAUAAUCUUGAGCUCGAGGUAGAAGCUUACACUAGACGGAGACUUGUGUAUGAACAGAAAGAGAUAAAACUAGACCAGGAGUAUGAUCAGAAGAAAUUAGAGCUUGAAGAACAGGCUAGAAAACGUAAAGAAGAAUUAGACAGAGAGUGUGCAAACUUUCAAAAAGCUAAAGACAAUUUCGACACAGAAUUAAAGCGAAUGUCGGAGGUGUAUAAAAUACAAGAGAAUAGAAUUAAGCUGGAUAUUGGCGGUCAACAGUUCACGACAUCACUUCUUACAUUGAUGAAAGAUUCGAACUCGAUGUUUGCAGCCAUGUUUAGCGGACGUCAUAAAUUACGUCAGGAAAGUGACGGAAGUUACUUCAUUGAUCGUGACGGCGCCCACUUUCGUUAUAUUCUGAACUAUCUUAGAGACGGGUGUAUUAAAGAAGGAACGUUGCCUAGCAACGAAGUUUUAUGGGGAGAACUUUUAAAUGAAGCGGAGUAUUAUCAAUUAAGUGGGUUGGUUGAAUAUUUAAGAGCGUUGACUAAUAAAAGCGGAACUGUUUCAAGGUCAAGUAGCAACCUGAGCGUAGAAGACACGUAAACUUUGUGUAUUUAUGAACAACUGAAAUCUGCUGCAUGAAAGAUUUAGCUUUUGUAAAUGUGAUAUACCGUAACAUUAAAGCUCGCUGUACUGAAAUAAAAAAAACAAACAACUUGAAA